UGAACUCCUUACAUGCUAGCAGCCGUCCUAGCCGCUAAGAAUUUCUAGUCUCUGUUUCGCGGCUGUGUUCUGGGUUGUUGGGUCUUACGCUUUCGUUCCUUUUGAUGAAGGUUGUUUGUUACGACAGGUCACUGUAAGGAGAGCUAGCGAUAAUAUUGCGAAGACAGAGGCCGGCCACAUCUCCUCAACGACAGCAAUGAAUGCACCAGCAGGGCAGCAGCAGAAGGGCGUCCAGCCUUUCUACUAUUCUCACGUGUGGAAGAAUGCGUCGCUUGUCGCGCUGAGCAUUCUCGCCCUGCCCGUCUCGGCUGUUCUCGUGCUGCUCAGUCUCGUCGUGCAGCGGGUCAAUGGUCGCGACAAGGUCCUGCAAGCAGAGAGAAACAGCACAGCUGUCACAGUCGCACAACGCAAGACGAUCCUCGUUACGGGAGUCUCCAUGGCCAAAGGCCUGUCAAUUGCGCGAGUUCUAUCACAAAACACGCCACACCGUGUCAUUGGCGCAGACAUCUCUCCACUCUCUCCAGGCCGGUUCUCCAGCGCGAUUUCAAGUUACUACCGAUUGGACACACCAAACGGCGACGACGCGGAACCGUACAUUGACUCCAUCCUCUCGGUUAUCCGGAAUGAGAAGAUCGACCUCUGGAUAAGCUGCUCAUCGGUGAUCGCGGCAGUUGAGGACGGUCAGGUUGUGCGCAUCGCGCAGAAGCAAGCGAAGGAAGCUGGGCGGCGAUUCGAGGCCAUCCAAUUCUAUGAAGACGUGGUCGAGAAGUUCCACGAGAAAGACAAAUUCAUUGAUUACAUUCAGUCUCUCGAUCUCCUGGUUCCCGAAUCGCACCGUGUCACGUCUCCUGAAGAAGCGCUGAACGUUCUCCUCCGAAACGUCGGUAACAGCGAGGAUGACAACAAGAAGUUCAUAAUGAAGCCCAUUGGGGUGGAUGAUCACGCUCGAAACGCGAUGAUGACACUCCUGCCAUUCGAAUCGCCCUCGCAGACGAAGAAGUACAUACACAGUCUGAACAUCUCCAAGUCCAACCCGUUCCAGCUCCAGCAAUUCAUCAAGGGCAACGAAUACUGCACACACGCGCUGGUCAUCCGCGGCAAGGUCAAGGCGUUCUGCAGCUGCCCUUCGCUCGAACUGCUGAUGCACUACGAGCCUCUCCCCACACACUCGAAGCUGAAUCAGGAGAUGCUCGCAUUCACAGAGCGCGUGGUGGCAGACGGCGGAAAAACCUUUACGGGGCACUUGAGCUUCGACUUUCUUGUCGAAGACGAAGAAAAUGUCAAACUGUACCCUAUCGAAUGCAAUCCACGCGCCCACACAGCCGUCGUGCUCUUUGAAAAGACGCCCGAAAUGGCAGAAGCCUAUCUCUCCGUACUGGACUACCGCAAAGAUUCCGGCGAGCACGAAAAGCCCAUCUUCCCGCACACCCCUACCAGCAGCUACUACUGGUUUGGACACGACGUGGUCAGCUUCUUGAUCCUGCCAUUCCUGGACGCGAUCUUUGGUGCGGCCUCCUCGGGAGAGUUCUUCGAUGGCCUGGCGACGUUCUGGCACCAUUUCUCGUGCUGGAAGGAUGGCACACUUACAAUCGCGGAUCCAUGGUCGUUCUUUGUGUUGUAUCAUGUGUAUUGGCCUGCGAGGUUCUUGGAGUGCUUGUACACGGGCAAGGAGUGGAGCAGGAUCAACAUCAGCACCACGAAGAUGUUCGAGGCUUAGGGCAAGACCCAUUCGUUCGGGUUGGGAAGGAUACGCGAGGGUCCCGUACCUUGAACAGACUCGGGAAGUUGGUGGCUAUCAUCUGGAGUCAGAUUGAGCCGAGUAUCUUCACACUGUGGGUAGAGUACCUGUGUGCCCCGAAAGAGAAUAUUUGAGGCUUGUACCUAAUGGGAAUCUUGAAUCUUGGGAAUAGAUCGUUGUCAUAGACGACCAGGAAUUCGGAAGAAGAUACCAGUAGAUUUUGGAUGGUAGUAUCACACCGCUCAGCUAUUUCUUCUGGCUGACUGAUUCCAAACGGCUACAGUUCCCAAGUCUACGAUUUCGUGCGAGCAAAAGCUUCUCCUCAGCAAGUGGUUCCUUGUCAGUAACCUUGUCAGGGCUACUGAACUGGCAGUUGGUCCUCCAGAUACCAUCAACCGAGAAUCG